UUGAAAAUGGAGUGCGUUUAAGGUGUUUGAAAAUCUGAGUAAUGUGUGAUGUUGGGCUUGUUAUAAGCAGAAGGAAAAUUGAAGGUAUGACCCAAAGCUAUGUAUUUCCCUCUUUUUGGAAAGAGAGAUAAGCAUAUUCAAGCAAAAGUUCCUGAUUAUGUCGGUUAUGCUUGAAGUAUUUCUGCGUGAAGGUAAACUGGAAGGUUUGAGGAAUCUUAGUGAUGUAGUUGUACAGGAGACAUUUAAAUAUGCCAGAGAAACUAUGGAACAUCUUACCGUAGCAGUUUUGGCAUACAUUUGCCUUUGCAUUGUGUUUUAUUACGCAGCUGUGUACCUGAAGAUCUUUCCAGAUAAUGGAUAUUUGAGAACUGUAAAAAGAGUGCUUUUCGUGAUAGCCCAUCCAGACGACGAAUGUAUGUUUUUUGGACCCGUUAUACUUAAACUAGCUCAACGGAGUGACUGUGAAAUAUUUCUGUUGUGCCUUUCAGAAGGAAAUUAUAAACAAGAGGGAUUGGUAAGGUUUGACAUCAUUUGCUUCCUUUAUCCAAGGAAUUCAUAUCUUCCUGAUGAUCCUGCGGUGAGAUGGCGUGAAGAUAUAGUGGCAAACCUUUUAUUGAAUCAUAUUGAAGCUUUGUCCAUAGACACUGUAAUGACCUUUGAUAAAGUUGGAAUUAGUCGGCAUCAGAAUCAUGUAUCUAUAUUUUAUGCUAUGGCAUACCUCUGUAUGGAACGGAAACUCCCACCAUACUGCAAGGCGUAUGCACUGGAGUCGAUCAAUAUAUUGAGGAAGUACUCAGCCAUGCUGGAUAUUCCAAUUAGCUACCUCCUUUCAUCAUAUUGGUACAUUAUUUCACUUACGGAACGCAAUAUUCUGAAGACAGCAAUGGCUGCACACCAUUCACAGUACGUGUGGUUUCGGAAACUUUAUAUGAAUUUCUCACGGUAUGCGGUUAUAAAUACAUUCAAGGAGAUAGAGAUUUUGGAUCUAGAACUGGAUCUGGAGCUUGAUGAUUGAAUGUACAAAGGAGCAGACUGUGCUGCUGGUCUGUUUCAACAUCUUUCCAUCCAUAGGAAUGAGCCGUGGUUGUGCAGAUACACACUAAAGGCUGAAGUAGCACCAGAUUCCUUGUGUUCAGAAUGAAGUGUUUGUACCGAAGGAGCUAGUAAUGCUCCACUUUUCAUCAGAAGUUGAAGUUUUUGGGUUUUUUGGUGCUUGAUCUUCAUACAUUACAAUGCUUUAAUAAUAUGUCCAACAUUAUCUAUGAGUACACAGUUCAGACAAGAAUUAUAAUUGUAUUAUGUGUGUAUUGUAUAAAGAAAACUUUUUGAAUUUUAUUAAAAAAAGUUUGUAUACUGUACAAAUUGAUGAGAAUAUAAAUACAUAUAUACCAUUUUAAA